UGAGUUGCUACAGAAAAAAAAGGAAAGAAAUGUUGCUACACGUUCUGUUUUGAGUACUAGUCAAGUUUAUAGAUGAAAAUUGAUAGUCACAUACGAACUUUGCAAGAAUCUGAUUAAAACACCCAAAUUUGUAGCAGUUAAAUCCCUAUUUUAUCCUUUUUUCUUUGCUCUCAUCACUCGAUCAGAUCCACCACUUAAAUCCUUAAUUAUUUAGACCAAAGAUUCCUACUUUCGAUCUGGGUAUCUCAUAAAAUGAGAAGGCCUGGUGAAGGAAUGAUGUUUAGAAGACCAAAUUAUUAUUAUAGUAAUAGAAAUCAGUUGAAGCAAGUUAAAGUGUUGUGUAGCAGAUUCAAGAUUACAGUUGUUUUAGUUGUUAUUUUGAUUAUUUAUUUCUUCUUCUUUUCCACCAAAGAGAUUACUUAUAUAUCACCUGCACAAUCUGAGGUGAAUGUGCACAAACUUUGGGAUACUGCUGAUUCUGGUGGUUGGAGACCAUCAUCCACACCUAGAUCUAAUUGGCCUCCUCCUUCAAAUGAGAGCAAUGGGUUCUUGCGUGUUCGUUGUAAUGGUGGUUUAAAUCAGCAGCGGACUGCGAUCUGUAACGCGGUGCUUGCUGCAAGAAUUAUGAAUGCCACACUUGUGCUGCCCGAGCUGGAUACAAAUUCCUACUGGCAUGAUGACAGUGGUUUUCAAGGUCUAUAUGAUGUUGAUCAUUUUAUCAAGUCAUUGCGUUAUGAUGUACGCAUAGUUGAGAGCAUUCCUGAAAUUCGGAAGAACGGAAAAACAAGAAAGAUGAAAGCUUUUCAGCUUCGUCCACCUAGAGAUGCGCUAAUCAGCUGGUAUACAACGACUGCUUUGGAGAAAAUGAAGGAACAUGGUGCUAUUUAUCUCACACCCUUCUCUCACCGAUUAGCAGAAGAGAUUGACAAUCCUGAAUACCAGCGACUAAGAUGUAGAGUCAACUAUCAUGCCCUUAGAUUUAAGCCACAUAUAAUGCAAUUAAGCCACUCGAUAGUUGCUAAACUUCGCUCACAAGGUCACUUCUUGUCGAUACAUCUUCGGUUUGAAAAGGAUAUGCUGUCAUUUGCAGGGUGUUUUGACAUAUUUUCUCCUCAGGAACAAAAGGUAUUGAGGAAAUACCGAAAGGAAAACUUUGCUGAUAAGGACCUUGUUUAUAGUGAAAGACGGGCUAUUGGAAAAUGUCCUCUAACUCCAGAAGAGGUUGGUCUUGUUUUACGUGCAAUGGGAUUCGACAAUUCCACUCGAAUAUACCUUGCUGCUGGUGAAUUAUUUGGUGGCGAGCGGUUCAUGAUGCCUUUCCGAGCCAUGUUUCCAUUGCUUGAGAACCACAGCACCGUAGACUCAUCUACUGAGUUAUCUGAUAACACACAAGGCUUGCUGGGUUCAGCUGUUGAUUACAUGGUUUGCCUUUUAUCAGACAUUUUCAUGCCAACGUAUGAUGGUCCAAGCAACUUUGCCAAUAACCUUUUGGGCCACAGACUCUACUACGGAUUCCGGACCAAUAUCCGGCCUGAUCGAAAGGGUCUAGCUCCAAUCUUUAUAAAACGCGAACAGGGUAACGCCGCUGGUUUUGAAGAGGCUGUCAGGCGUGUGAUGAUGAAAACAAACUUCGGUGGUCCCCAUAAACGAGUAUCCCCCGAGUCUUUUUAUACAAAUUCUUGGCCCGAGUGUUUUUGUCAAACAUCAGGGUCGAAUCCUGCUGAUAGAUGUCCACCUGACAAUAUAAUGGAAGUACUUGAGGAUCGAUUGGUCAGUGAAAUGACCAACGUGACUUCCAAUAGUGAAUAGGCUUGUUCAUUAGAUAUGGUUGAAAUGUUCUUUUUCAUUUUUCUCUUCAACUAAAUCGGUGACGAUGCCCAUGAAGAGCAGCAGCAGCAGCAAAAAUUGAGCAUGAGAUGGAUGACUACAAAGCUUACAUAAAGCGUUACUGAAUAGAGGUAUAGAGGCAUAGAGCUUGACAACCGUGGAGGAUAGAAGAGAAGCAACAUGGUGUUUUGUAGUCGUUUAACAUGUAUCACUGUGAAAUUUCUUUAGAUCAACAUCAUAUGAAACAACACUAUAACAUAGUAGUAGUGUGUACAACAUACGGAUGCUAUGUUAAUUGUGGUAAUUCCCUUAUAGCGAGCCGAAUGUAAUGUUGUGCAUCAAUAAAGGUGAUGCAUAGCUUCUGAUGUAUUUUUU